AUGGUAUCAACUAAACAGUUGAUUUGGUGUAUGGUUAAAUGGGAGUUACGGAAACCAAAUCGGGUAUCAAGCAAAAUAAUAAAGGCAUGGGUCUUGGUUACAAAAAGUGGAUUUGUUCCAACGAAAUGGAGUAAGCUAUGCAGUAAUCAUUUUUUACAUACUGACUAUCAAAAACCAACAGGAGGUAGUUAUUAUUUAAAACUUAAAAAUAAUGCUGUUCCACUACUUCCAUCAUCGUCUCAGCCACCAGUAAAAAUUCAUAAAUUCGCAAAAGAAACUGCUUCAGAUUCUUCACUCACUGAUGAAAAUCCAGAUAAUAAGUUAACUGAAGAAAUUCAUCCAAUAUUGAUCACUCCAACAAAAGCUAAACCUAUUCAUGUUACACCUACAAAAAAAAGAAAGUCAACUGAAAUAAUAACUCCAGUUAGGAAAAUGAAAGGCAAAAUCAAAGUAUUACAACAAAAGAUCCGUAGGCAGCAAUUCAAAAUUAAAAAUAUGAUGGAAUUAUUCAAAAAAUUAAGAUCCAAAGGACUUCUUGACUCUGAAGUCAAAAUUAUGAUGGUAAAUAAAUUUGAUGGUAUAUUCUAA